AUGACGAUCGCUGAAGAGUUUGCGACGAGGAAUUUCAGUAUCUACGGUCAAUGGACCGGGGUUCUCUGCAUCUUCCUUUGCUUCGCCCUCGGAAUCUCACAUCUCUUCCAUGUCAGCAUCAUGAUCCUUUUCGGUGCUGUCUGCCUCGCAAGCUCCUUCCUAAUCAUCUUCAUCGAAAUCCCCCUCCUGCUCCGAAUCUGCCCUACCUCCGCCAAGUUCGACUCCUUCAUGCGCCGUUUCACCACCAACUACAUGCGCGCGGGCAUCUACGGCGUUAUGGGCCUUGUGCAAUGGCUGAGCCUUGUCAAGGAGGCGAGCAGCCUGAUCGCGGCCGCCAUCAUGUUGACGCUGGCUGCGGUCUUCUACACGCUGGCUGGUGUCAAGGGUCAGGGCUUUGUGGGCAGCAAGACGCUUGGUGGGCAGGGUGUUGCGCAGAUGAUCAUUUAA